AUGUUCCCAUAUCCAUAUUCUGAAUUCGGGUAUUUUCCUAAAUUAAGGGGUUUUACAAGAUCAGGGUUAGGACCUAUAGGAAUAGAUGCGGCACGGCACGCAGCGUUGCUUGUGCGCGUGCUUGUCACUGCGCCUUGCCAACAAACUGGGAAGCCAAGGCACGGACUGUGUCCGGGGCAGCGCAGUGCCGUUCAGUUCUACCUGCCAUCAGCCCUGCUCCGUGGUGCUACAUGCGUCGCAUUCUUUGCGGCAUUCUUUCCUUUUCAGGCUUACUCCGGCUACCCAGACAUGUCGAGCUGGCGCUGCUUCCACAGUUGGCGCCUUAAUUAUGGGUCGGGUCUGGGGUGCCGAGAGAUUGCGACGGCCUUUCCUAGAGAAGUGGACUGCCGUGCACUCAAAGGCUUUACGAUGAUGAAAGCUGUUUUUGCGGAGAAUGGCUUCUGCACAGGGGCAGUUGACUGUGAAUGGCUGCGCUCUCAAUUUCUUGGUUGGCCAGCCUCGUGGCCCUUUGAUACCCCGGGCAGAGAAUUCCCCGACAAGGAAAGUGGCAGCCCCGACUUCUAUUGGUCCCGAUGCCGGUACUGCGUGGAGCGCUUUAGCUGCUUGUCCGAGAUCACACCCGAAGACUUCCGCGGUUGGUGCGCGGGUGCAAGGAACGACACCCUCAACCCUGGCUUCUCCCAGGAAGCCUUCUUCCUGCAGCACUAUGGGAAUGGAAACAUGACGCAGAACACCGUUCGUGCAGCCUUCGCGGGCUGCGUCUUAAAAAGUGAGGCAGCCUCCAUUGGGCAGCUGUCGUCAUGGAAGCUGGCAACACAGUGCCUUCUCUACUUUCCAGCGGUGGCACUGGUAGUAUGGCUCUCACUCAGCUUUUCCCUACCUCACCUUUGGAGAGAGAGAGAGAGAGGGGCUCUACACAUUGUGGUCCGUGCCUCCAGACGACACCUUGGCGCGGGUCAUCGAGCAAAAGGCAGUGGAACUGCGAAGGCAGAUGAAGCGGGGCGAUACCAAGCCCAGUACGAUGGACCGAGUUCGUCUUUACCAGGACCAACUCAUGGUGAGUCUAGAACAGGAGAUGGAGCGAAGUAA